AUGACCAAGGGUGGUGAUUUCACGACCGGCAAGGGAACUGGUGGUGAAUCGAUCUAUGGAGGAUUAUUUGAUGACGAACCUUUUAUACUCAAACAUGAUCAACCCUUCCUUCUGUCAAUGGCGAACAAGGGUCCAAAUACCAAUGGGUCUCAGUUUUUCGUCACAACAAAGCCUGCACCGCAUCUGAAUAACAAACACGUGGUCUUCGGCAAGGUAAUCUCUGGUAGUGAAGUUGUGACUGAAAUAGAGCAUCUCAAAGUAAAUGCUAGGUCUUGUCCAGUUGCCGAUGUGAUCAUCACGAACUGCGGAGAGUUAGUGAGAAAACGAAAAAAGGAAGUGAGCAGUAGCUCUUCAGAAAGCGACUCUUCAGAGAGCGAGGAUGAAAAACGUAAGAAGAAAAAGAAACAGAAGCAGGAAAGAAGCACAAGUGUUGAGAAAACUGAGAAGGCCGAAAAGGAGAGGGACGCUGUUGCGGUAUGUUCUAUAAAGAAAGAGGACCUCCCACCUGAGCCACCUAAUCAGCAUUCUUUUCUUAUGCGUCGGUCAAAAACUCCUGAAGAUCGCAAGAAAGCUAAGUUUUGUGAAGAUUGCUGA